CUCUGUGCAUUAAUGCUAAAAACAUGAGAUGAUUAUAUGUUGCCUUUUAUUUUGUAAGUGACUAGUACUGAAACAUACCCAUUGCGGCGUUUAGGCUAUGUUACUAUUGGGCGACUAACCACCGAAUGUUGCCAUAUUUAGAUCCAUCCAACCGCAUUUUCAUAAAUGUGCAACACGCCUAUGUGUGCUGCUGGGGGGGCUGACUUCUCGGUCGCGCAGUUGUGUCUAUGUGUGUGCGUGAGAUAGGGAUGCUGAGAGAAAGUGAGGCAGGGCGCGAGUGUGUCUGUGUGUAGAGAGAAAGAGAGAGCGCGCGCUCCAGGUUGGCGCAGGCACCGGUCAGGGAGAACGGAGCGUUGUGCAAGGUGGAAGCAUGGCUUCGUCUCACGGGAGAAGCGACCUGCGGUUCGCAGACUGGAUGGCAAGUUUACCGCAGAGCAUGCACACUAUCCCGCUCACCAACCUGGCUAUUCCCGGAUCCCACGAUUCCUUCAGUUUUUACAUCGAUGAGGCGUCUCCAGUGGGCCCCGAGCAGCCAGAGACGGUGCAGAACUUCGUUUCUGUUUUUGGCACGGUGGCCAAGAAGCUAAUGAGGAAGUGGUUGGCUACACAGACUAUGAACUUCACGAGCCAACUGGAGGCUGGGAUCCGGUUCUUUGACCUGCGCAUCUCCACCAAGCCCCGUGACCCUGAAAAUGAGCUGUACUUCGCCCACGGGCUCUUCAGUGCCACGGUCAGAGAAGGCCUAGAGCAGAUCAGCAGUUUUCUGUCAGCUCAUGCCAGAGAGGUGGUCUUCCUGGAUUUCAACCACUUCUACGGCAUGCAGAACCUGCACCAUGAAAAACUGGUGACCAUGCUAAAGGAGGUGUUUGGAGAGAAGCUCUGCCCUGUUGUUUUUGCUCAGGAGGUGAGUCUUCAGUAUCUAUGGGAGAAGGAGUAUCAGGUGCUUGUCUUCUACCACCAUCCCAUGGCCCUGGAGGUGCCCUUCCUGUGGCCAGGCCAGAUGAUGCCUUCUCCCUGGGCCAACACCACUGACCCGGAGAAGCUGAUUCAGUUUCUGCAGGCAUCUAUCACUGACCGCAGGAGGAAGGGGACAUUCUUUGUCUCCCAGGUGGUUCUGACACCAAAAGCCAGCACUGUGAUGAAGGGUGUGGCUAGUGGACUGAGAGAGACAAUUACAGAAAGGGCUUUACCAGGUAUGAUGCAGUGGAUCAGAUCUCAAAGACCUGGGGAGAGCGGCAUUAACAUCAUCACAGCUGAUUUCGUGGAGCUUGGAGAAUUCAUCAGCGCCGUCAUCACCCUCAAUUAUCACCUGGAUGACGAAGACGACGAUGCGACCUGAGAACCCGCAGCAGGCGUCAAGGAGUGCAGUCACCACCACUGAUACUAGUGGUUGCGUCUGUGCUCUCACUCUUUUCUCUUUGGCAUUUAUUUCAGGAGGGGGAGCUAAACGGCUCCUUUCACUUUAUUUAGGGCUAUAGUGAGAUGAGCGGUCAAAUGGAAAAAGGAGAUUGAGGAAUUUCAAGUUGAGACUGGUAGACAUAAUGCUGAUGUUCGGUUGGAGCACUUUGAGAGUGAGGUUUUGUUUUGUUUGUGUCCAGUUUUAGGGGAUCCAAAAGAUUUUUGAUUAUUUUGUUUGUUUGUUUUUUCAGGUAAAAUGUUUAUUUUCUUUACUCCCUGUGCUGUAAAAAUCCCUGCUUUGUCCACUGAUCAAAUGCACUGUUUUCAGGCUUACCACUUUAUCACGGGUAGGUUCCUCAGAGCAUAUCAACCGUCUGCUAAAUGUAUUGGUACAUCAAUCGUGGUAUUCUAGUGACAGUGACAGUUUUUUCAGAGGCUGUUUAUAAUAAGUCUGUGUAUCUCAAACUUUAGGCCGGUGUAAGUAGCUAGCAGUUGUAUGUCUUGUUUGGCAAAUCUGUCCAAGUGAAUUCUCUCUCUUUUGUUUUUAACAAUAUGCAUCUUUGGUCAGAUCACUGCGGGUGUUUUUGAAAACGCCUCCAGCAGCUUGAAUGCAGAGUGUGAUUAAAAAGUGUUGUUCCAAUGUGUUUAUUCAAUACAUAGACAAAAACGAAUCAUUCCCAUUUCUUUUUGAAACUGUAUUCCCUCGUGGGAUUUUCACCCAGUAAGUCUCCACUGAAGCCAGCUUGCAGCAAUGGCGUUUAUUAGACACCUGUGUACUCUAAAACUAUUUAUCGAUAGAUUAAAAUGAUUCAUGCAGUAAUUCAAAUCCAUAUUGCAAGAGAGAGUGAGAGUGCAGCUUGGCUGGCCGACAAGUGUUCUAAUCAUGUAAGAUGGAUACACAGCGGUCUCUUGUGCAUGAGCACUAAAACAGUAAUUUUCACAUUAUCUGUUUGAUUCAUAUUGCAAGACAAGCAUCAGUUCUCACUGUUGGAAAUGAAGUUGAUGAAGCAAGACAUUUCUAACGAGAAGGCAUUCAGUGUGACGUUUUUUUUUUUUU